UUUUCCCUAGGCUAUUCAAGCAUUGCGGUACCGCUACGCAUCAAUUUCGACCGCCAUGCUUUCAUCAUUGCCGCAAUGCAUCCCGCUAUGUGUGAAAAUUGUAACUGUGUAAAAUAUUUAUUAUCGAUAUUUUGAAAGUGAAGUGAUAAGUGACAAAUCUCCACAGGUGUUUUAAACUCAUCCGACUGAUAAUUGGAUGCAUCACGUAGCGCGUGCCGGGAUUUUACAACCUUCUUGAUUAGUUGGUUAUACUUCGAGACUUCAGUUACAUAAUAGAAGUUGCCAGAUAGCUGAUAAAUAAAUAGUUAUAAUAAUCUCCAAUGCCUACUUUCUGUGAAAAAAAAAUAAAAAGUUUAACCUUUUCCGUAUAUUAACUUUUACCUGUGGUUGUGAUCUCUUUUAAAACGAAUUUUUGACAUCGUUGUUUUACUAUGAUCUUUAAAAAGUAGAAAUUUAAUUUUGGUCAGGUUAGUUCUUGAUAAAACUAACGUAAUUUCACCGAGAAUGAACAACACAUUUUUUUCAAUAAAGUUUCGCAGUUACUUCUCCAGUUAUAUGUACAUCGAUGAACUAUUUUUUGAUUGGUCACAACAAUCAGUUAUUAUUAGAUUCGCGGUUGAUUGAUUUUUAUCAAAGAAUACACAUCACCGGGCCGAGUAAAAGACAUGUCUUAUGAAACAUUUAAAAGAUUAGGUAAUUAACGGAAAUAUUGUUUUUUAAUAAACGUGUGUUGUUUUAUUUUUAUUUCAAUGGGUCACAAGCUUAUAUGUGUAGCGGAUUCAUUUACCGUUUUUAAACAAGUGAUCACAAGCGGGGCUAAAUUUCUUUCACUUCGGCAAGAUAGGAUUUUUACAAUUAUGAAUCGUUAUAAAUAAAUCGGAAAGGGGUGUAUUUAAAUCAAAAGUUAAUUUUCAUAAAAUAAAAUGUCAGCUUAGCUUUCAAACAGGUAAUUGCCAAAUAUGCCACCCGUACGCACGUAUGUCAGGUAUUAGUCAGUGACGACUUCUGUAAUUAACGCAAAUAUACUUUUUUUAUUAUUUCCUGUAAAAUGUCUGUGAAGCAAUGAUGACAUUCAAAGUUUUAUUUAACAACUUGCUGUUGAUGAUGAAACCAUUCUACCCGCAAAUUUCGAAGAACAAUCAUCAAGACCAUGUCCAAGCAACCAUCAAAGAAACGUCGUAUUACUGGCCCAACUUUUCUGACAAGUUGGUUAGAGAAGUCUACUCCUUCGUCAAAUUGUAGUCGGAUAGAUCAUGAAAAUCAUCACCUUGAGCAAAGCCCUGAAGUUGAAAUUCAACCUUCACCUGAAUGCACCGAAAGUCAAGAUGUACAAACAGACACAAGCCCUACCAGUACACUGGCCAUUGUAUCCCUGAACUCGGAAAAUACGAAAAUCACAAAAGAUCCAAAGAAACGAAAAACAGGAGUUGACAAGAAAUGGCUGAUAAAAUUCCCUUGGUUAAAGACAGUCAAUGAAGGAUUUGGUCUGCUGUGCAAUCUCUGUAUCACCUUCAAUAAGACACCAAUGAAUGGCAGCCUCAUAUGGACAAGUAAGCCUUGUAUUACUGUUACCCUUGAAAGUAUUAGUAAGCAUGCCAAAUCUGAUGCCCACAAGGAAGCAGAACAGUUGGAGGCACAACGUAUUCUGUCUGGGAAUGGCCAAGGACUAGUGCAAGCUGUAGCAGUUCAGGCAUCUCUGGAGAAGACUGCCUUGAUUGGAGCAUUUAGAAGUCUGUAUUGGUUGGCCUCAGAGGAAAUACCACACACUACCAAAUAUUCAUCUUUACUUGGAUAUGCCAAGAGAAUGGGAUGUUCUUACUUGAAUCAUCUGCAGAAGGGAGGAAAUGCCAAUUAUGAAAGUCAAAGGACUUUACAAGAGAUGCUCCAUAUCAUUGCAGAUCAGAUUGCAGCCCCAAUACUGCAGGACAUAUGUAACUCAAGUUAUUACAGUAUCCUGAUUGAUGAAACCACUGAUAUAGCAGUGAUCAAGCAAAUGACCAUCCUUGCCAGAUAUAUAACAGGAAAUAAUCAGGUAAAGACUUCAUUCCUUGGUAUGGUAGAGUUACCAGAUGGGAAAGCAGAGACCAUAAUGAAUGCUUUGGACAAAUUUCUAAAUGAUCUUCAGCUGCCAACAGAGCAUUUGAUAGGCCUUGGAUCUGAUGGUGCCUCUGUUAUGGUUGGAAGAAAAUCUGGGGUAGGGAGAUAUAAAACAUUUUUAUCAUAA